ACAGGUGUUGAGUUAUAGCGCCCAUCAACAAAGUUAAAUCUGAGCAAUAAAACGGACAUUUCUUUAUCAGUUUACGUUUUAACUGGAUGCUUAGUGCUACUCGUGCACCAUAGUUUGUUCUGAAACAUGUCAGCUGAUAAGAAAAGAAAGAAUUCUGCUACGAAGAAGAAAGAAAUGGCUGCUGACACGGAGAUGACAGCUAACUCUGCUGCUGCCUGCAACGUUUUAAUUGACAGUUGUCACGACUACUAUGGGCCUGAAGAGAAGAUGGAAUUUUCGAUGUUGUCAGUAGAAGAUUUCCCCUCGCUUCCUUCUACUCCUCUGAAGCCUCCCUCCAAAAAAGGCCGUGGUGAGUCCGCUGACGACAUUAUCACGAAACUUUCUAAGCUAAUCAACAUGAGGUCUGAUAAACUGGAGUCAAUGGUUGCGGCGAAUACUUCUCACAUUGCUGGUUUGAAAGAAAAGCUUAACUCCGUAUGUGAAGAUGUGAAUGAGGUGAAGACCAAAGUUUCCCAGGUCGAGUCUUCGCUUUUGAAGGAGAGUAAUCGAAUCGGCGUCUUGGAGUCACGCAUCACUGAAUUGGAACGGUACUCUAGACGCUGGAAUUUGAAAUUACACGGCGUGCCAGAAAACAUGGAUGAGAAAAAUGUGAGGAAAGAAGUGAUUCGCAUCUGUCAGAAAUUACUGCCAGAACACAGUGAUCGUCUUCCGGAUGUGAUUGACACAGUGCAUCGCGUUGGUAUGAAGAAAGUGAAUUCUGCCCACGGUAUAAUCAUUCAGUUCUCCUCGCGUACACUCAGAGCAGCGGUAUGGGCGGCAGCCAAAAAUUCCGCAUUUCUACGGGAAAAUGGUCUGCGUUUCAGAGAGGAUCUCUGUAAGGCCGACAGAGAAAGCAGGUUGAAGUUGUGGCCGCUAGUAGAUGAGGCACGGAAAGCAGGGAAAAUUGCCUAUUUUGUAGCUGGUCGUGCCUUCGUGGAGAAAAAGGAGAUUUUUCCAUCAGGCUGAUUGAUCCAUUUUUUUGUUUCCUCCUGUUUAUAUAUGUGUGUACACACACAUAUAUGUGUGUUCUUGGCUUCUUUUUUGACCAGG